AUGAGGGCGCCGCUGGCGGCACCUGCGGCUCCUCUCGGCGGCGACAGUCGCCUCGGCGACAGCAGCGCGGCAACAUUUUGCGGAUUGCUCUUGCUUCAAGGCUUUGCGCUGCAAAUUCAGUGUUACCAGUGUGAAGAAUUCCAGCUGAACAACGACUGCUCCUCCCCGGAGUUCAUCGUGAAUUGCACGGUGAACGUUCAGGACAUGUGUCAGAAAGAAGUGAUGGAGCAAAGUGCCGGGAUCAUGUACCGCAAGUCGUGUGCAUCGUCGGCAGCCUGCCUCAUCGCCUCGGCUGGGUAUCAGUCCUUCUGCUCCCCAGGGAAACUGAACUCUGUGUGCAUCAGCUGCUGUAACACUCCUCUGUGCAACGGCCCUCGGCCCAAGAAAAGGAGCAGCUCGGCCCUGGCCCUGCAGCCAGAGCUCCCCACCACCACCCUGCUCGCCACAUUAGCCCUCUUCGUGGCACACUGCUGAAUGAGAUGCCAGCCCCUCCUGCAUUGUUCUUCUGAC